UCCUCUUUUUUAUUUACCAAAAAACCCUAAUCCCGCCUUCUCUCUCUCUCACACACACACUCGAGAAAACCCUAGUUUUUUGACGGCGGAGGAGAUGACGGCCGCCAUUAUCGUCAUCCAAAGCCUCCGAGAUCGCUGAUUGAUUUUUGGAAUCCUGUUUCUUUGUCUGAGUGUUCUUUGAUGGAGGGCGGUGGUCGGGCGGGGGAGGAUCACGUUGAGGGUAUGGGUGGAGCGGAGAAGGUGGUGGAGGGGAAGGAGGAGAGGCGGAAAGGGAGGGGUGGGGCGAGGUCGCCGUGGAAGAAGCCGGCGCCACCGCAGAUUGUAGCGGCUGGUGUUACGGGUGAUGGGAAGAAGCCGGUGAUGGGGGCUGACUCAUGGCCGCCGCUGGAGGAUGCGCGGCUUAAGGGCUUGCCGGAUCUUGGUGGGAAACCGGCUCAGCCGGAGCUGGUUGUUGCGGCUGUACCGCCGGCGUCCGGUAACGGCGGUCCUGGCCCGAGGAAUGGCCAUCCUCCUCCUCCUCCUCCUCCCCCUCUUCCUGUUCAGGGACCAAAUGGCUUGCGUAAAUCUGAUGGAUUUAGUAAUGGCAAUUCUUCCAAUAAGCAUUAUGGACCGCACCCACAUAAACAUGGACCCAAGCAUAAUGUUUCUGCAAAUGGGAUGCCACCCUUUGCUUAUCAUUUCCCCUACAAUCAACAGCAAAGGCCACCAAUAAUGUACUCUGUUAUGCCAAACCCCCCUCUGCCGGUAAAUGAAUACCCUUAUCAGCCUUGUCCACCACCUUUUCCUAAUGCGGAUUCACACGUGAAAUCAGACAUGCCAGCCUUUGUUCCAAAUGUUCAAGCUGGUGGAAUUGAUGGUGGUAGGAAUUUUCAGCCUUCUCCACGUGGUGAUCCCAACACUUGGCGUUCCUAUCCUGGGAAUUACCCAAACAGACCAUAUAAUGGUCUUGAACCUGGUGGUCGUUUUAAUCAGACAUGGCGCAAUCAGCGGGCAUUUACUCCAAGAGAGAACAUAAAUAUAGCUCAUAUUGGACCUGGUAUGUUUGUGAGGCCAGCUCCGCAAUUUUUCUGUCCUGCUCCAGGGUACAUGAAUGGACCCCCUUUUCCUGGUCCUGCACCCCGCAUGUAUUAUGUCCCAACUGCAUCUCUUGAAAUGAUGAGGGGACCACCACCGCCGCGUUAUGUUUCGAUUCCUCUACCGCCUGCUCCUGUUUUUACUCCUGAGGAACUAGCGUUGAGAACUAGCAUAGUAAAACAAAUCGAAUAUUAUUUUAGUGAUGAAAAUUUGCAGAAGGACCAUUAUUUGCUUUCAUUGCUAGAUGAACAUGGAUGGGUGUCUAUAUCCAAAAUCGCGGACUUUAACAGGGUCAAGAAAAUGACAACGGAUAUACCUUUCAUUCUGGAUGCUUUGCGCAGCUCAGAUUCAAUUGAAGUACAGGAUGAAAAUAUUAGGAGGCGUGAUGGUUUGGCAAAGUGGAUUUCUCCAUCAGGUCCUGACAUAUCUUUAACACAAUCUGCUUCGGGAGAGAGUCAUGUUGAUGAGAAGGUUUCAUCUUUUGUGGAUGGAACUGGGUCCAAUGGAAUCAACCAAUUCCCCUGCUCUACUGAGAAUAAAUGUCUACAAACAAGCUGUCAUGACCAGGAUGAAUCAAAUAUUGUAGAAGUAUCAAUGGUUGAUAAGCAGCUAAGAUUUAAUGGAGACAGCAAUGUCCAGGUCAAGGAGUUGACUUCUGAACCAUUACCAGAUUCCAAUACACAGGAGCCCUCUGGUGGAUCUAAUUUUAUGUUUAACAAGAAUGUGGUAGAGAGUGUUUCUAACGCCAAUGGUGCCGGUGCUAAUGUUUCUUUUAGCUCUGGGAGUUUUCAAGGAAGCAUGAAUCCUUCUACCAUUAGUGAGGGUGAAAAUGGGAACAAAAGAACACAGUCUGGGACAAUAUUGAAUUCACAAAGUAUAGUUGCUUCUAAGUGUUUCAUGCAUGAAUCUUCCAGCUUUAGGGAGCAGAACACAUUUAUGCUUGAUGAGGAGUUGGAACUUGAGCAUACAGAGACCCAGAAAGAAAAUGUUCCACAUAAUAAAAGACUUGAUGAUGAGGAUGAUGAAAUGGAUGUCAACGACCAAGAUGUUCACAGGCUUAUUAUUGUGACGCAAGAUUUUAAAUUAAAUAAAGAAGAUACAACUGGCCCUUGGGAAUCACAACCUAUUUCAAAUGAGGUUGCAACUGCUAUUAAUGAUGGCAUUUUAUUCUAUGAACAGGAACUGCGAGCCAAACGGUCUUAUAACCGAAGAAAUAAUUCCGGGGUGGAGAAAGGUGGAGAAUCAAAAUCUUCCACCCAUGCAAAUGCUACUUUGAAUUCAAAGAAGAAUGCGAAUACUGGGGGCAAUAAUGGUUCUGAUGAAUCUGGAAAUGCUAAUCGAAGGCGGCAAAAUAAGGGCACGAACAAGUCUCAUCCAUCACAUCGGCAGCGCUUCUUCCACAGCAAUUUUAGAAACCAGGGAAACAGUCGCAAUCAUCAUGGAGUGGUAUCAGAGAGUCCACCAAGUAAUUCUGUUGGCUUUUUCUUUGGUUCAACACCCCCUGAAAAUUUCAGCUGCGUGCCAUCAAAGUUGAGCGCUUCUCCUCAUGGAGCCUUUGCUGGAAGUAGUCCGCCUGUGGGUUCUAUGCCUAAACCGUUCCCACCAUUCCAGCAUCCAAGUCAUCAGCUCUUGGAAGAUAAUGAGUUUAGACAACAAAAAUAUCUUAAGUUUCACAAGCGUUGUCUUGGUGAAAGGAAGAAAUUAGGAAUUGGUUGCAGUGAGGAAAUGAACACACUCUACCGGUUCUGGUCUUAUUUCUUGCGAAAUAUGUUUUUUCAGUCUAUGUAUAAUGAGUUCCGGAAGUUCGCAUUGGAAGAUGCAGCUGCUAAAUAUUUUUAUGGCUUAGAGUGUCUUUUCCGAUUUUACAGUUAUGGACUGGAGAAGCAGUUCAGAGAAGAUCUAUAUGAAGAUUUUGAACAACUUACUCUUGAGUUCUAUAACAAGGGAAAUCUUUAUGGCCUUGAAAAGUACUGGGCUUUUCACCAUUUCCGGGAGAUGCGUGACAACAGCAAGCCUCUGAGGAAGCAUCCGGAGUUGGAUCGUCUGCUCAAGGAAGAAUACAAGAGCCUGGAAGACUUCCGGGUGAAAGAGAGAGCCAGCGAGAAGGUUUCAAGCAGCGGCACCGAAGCCACUGCCUAGACAGCAGUAAAGGUGACUCUUUUGGAUGCGCGUAUUGUACUCGAUGGUUCAUUUGACAUGAAACAUCACAUGAUAUAACCCUCUAGGCCGUGUCUGUGUCUUUGGUGGUACUGGUUAUAAUACCGAAAAUUUUGAUCCUUAGAGGCUGGGGCAUGCCUGUGCAGAUUUAAAGUGUCCCCAGCCAGUGUGAUGAUGCAGUGGCUGUGCCAAGAAUUAUUUUUUGCCCUGUUGGAAUCUGGAUUUGUACAUAAACCCGGAAAAAUUGAGAAAAGUUGAUUCCUGUAUCUGGAAUUCUAAAAAAUUGACUAAUAAAGAGCUUGGAAUCAUACUGUUGUUUUUGCC